AAGAAGAAGAAGGAGGAGGAGGAGGCGAAGGAGGAACACCAGAACAAGGAGAGAGGUCUGCAUGUGAGGCGGAACACGCGAAAUGCCUCCUCGUCUUGGCUUACAUACAUUGGUUCCUUUCAGUCUACGCAAAGUGAGAGAAAGACUUGAAUGAAGAUCAAACUGGGAUACAAGGCUACAUCCGCCAAGAUUGAACAGCCUUUUUCCCUUCCUUCUCAUGCUGUAACUCUCAUCUCGUACUCCUUCUCCUGCUCCUUCGUCCUCUCCUUCGUCUUCUUCUCCUUCUAUCCCUCCCUCCCUCCUUUGGCGUUCCUCCACGGCCUUUUCGACUCUGAGCUUGCUCGCCACUCUCGCUCGCUCACAUGAAGACAAGGCUCGAAAAGGCGGAAGAAAACGGUCUUCUUCUUCUUCUCCUUCCUCUUCUUUUGGUUCCUUCGUAUUCUGUGAAUGUCCCAUAAACGAUGUCUCAGUUACAAAACAGCCUCCGAACGGACAACGCAGGUAUCCAUUGGGUUUACUUGUGCUAAUCCGGUUCGGAGGGCAUUCAAAUGUUCCACAUCCAGUCCCCUAUCAUUAUCAUUAUUCCUCGUAUCAUCCUCACUCUUGUUGCCACCUUUGCAUGAGACGUAGUAGUCCCCGCCAAAGGCAAAUGUGGGCUAUGACGAUCAAGUCUAGAAGGUCUGAGGCAUCACCUGCACACUUUGGAGUCAGCUUGAAUCCAGUUCGCGGAGCCAGGUAAAAAUGGCAUCUAAAUGGGAGAAUGACGAACAGGAACUGAGGCGAGCCCUAAAAGUGAAUCAACCAAGUGGAAUGUCUUUGCUCCAAGGGCAGCUUACUUAAUAGAAAAAAGAGAGUGCGCUGCUGACUUCCACAACAACAACCAAUAACCAACCAACCAAUCAACCAACCCAGCCCUCAUCAAUCGUUGAGGCCCCAUUCAAAACAAUAGCAACCAUCGACAAGAUAGUUUUGGAAAAUAACUCACCAUGAAAGUGCUAGUUUUAGUGGCUAUUUUUGCUACUCUCGUGUCUGUUCAAGGCAAACACAAAAAGAAUGACUGGCAUGAACACGAUCAGAGCUUGAUGAAGGAAAAACUCCGACUCCGCAAGGAAGAGACCAACACCAUUGACCAUGGACAUGGUCAAUACAAGACCAAGCACAAUGGAAAAGGAAAAUCCUUCCAUUCCGGCCACCGAGACGAACAACAUUGGAGAAGCAAACAUGGGUCAGAUGGAGAACAUAAAAAGUCCCGACAUGAUCUCGACGAUAUUCGACUCCAAGAAUUGGAUCACCACGUCGCGCCCAAGCAAAAACACUCCAAGGCUGGGCUUUUCAAGCAUUCAUUGGGGCGUGUAGCGAAGCACUCCAUGAAGAAAAUUGAAAACAAUGCAUCCAAGACCACGAAGGCCAAGUUCUUGAAGAAGAAGACCCUCAAAAAAGCCUUCAAGAAGGCCCUUAAAGCUGGGACGCUUCCGCAAGACGUGGCCGAGAAAUGCAGUCGCACCAAUCCCAAAAAAUAUAAGAAGAAGGCGUGUAUGAAGUACUUCAAAAAGUACUACUUCAACCAGAAAAAGAAUUCCCAACUGAUCCCGUGAGGGCACAAUCAGUUUAAUUAUGACGAAAAUGAGCAGCAGUAUUCAGUGACAGUGAAAGUGAGCCGUGAAAAAGAACCAUUGGAAAGACUAAUAUUUCAGCAAAACCACACAGCAAAAAGACUGUCAACCCGUGUUAACCAGGACCAAUGAGUCCGUCAAUAUCUUUGGAUCUUGUUUGUUCCCCCGGUGAAAAAUGAGCCAUCGCCCAGAAGCUGCGAAGAUCAGUGACGAGAAUCCUGGUUGAGUGCCAAUACAAGAACCGACCAAAUCAAUACCAUCAGCACCUAUUUUCAUUCCGUGAAAGGCACCCCCUACCAACUUGAAAUCCACUAGGAACCCCUUGGAACAAUCGGGCAUGACUUCAAUGGCGAAGGUCCAAUUUUCGAAGCCAACCAACGAGUGAACAAAAACCCCGCACCCUUUUAACCAUUUGGCCAAACAAACCCUAUGAAACUUUUUUCUUGGCAUUUUGAUCGCAUGUAUUUGUGUAAACUAGGACAUUCCGAUGUAAGGCAUAUUUCUCGCUUCUCUCUCAUAUAAACUAACAGACCCAUUCGCGUUCUACCUUGAUAGACAAAAUGGAUCGGAUUUCCGGUUCAAUCACCAAACACUACAACAUUUGCCGAAAACAAUACAAACCCACUUCAACACCAUCACAACCACGACUUUUAAUAACAUCGCUAAUAAUAACAAUAAUAACAUAGACUGUCACUUACAACACCCGUGAACGAAAACCUCCAUAUGAAUAAUAUUUCUUUUCAAUCCUGCUCUUUCUCCAUUUGAAUUCAGCUAGCUCUUGUAUGUAAUGAAUCCAUUCACAACUAAGAUUAAAUGCAUUGCUACAUCAAGCCAUUUCUCUUCAUCUCUCCAAAUGAAAUUCUGAAUACUGCUAAAUACAAUACUAACCUCGA